AAGACCCCUCCACCCGUACCCCCCCCACCCCCAGCACACAUCCAAGCCGCACACCACAUCUCCACCCAACACAUAACCCUCCCCAAAGCCAGCGGCGCCGGCCUCACCCUGCACCCGAUCACCACGGGGCCGGGCAGCGUGCCGGCAGAUCUGAUCCGGUUCCUGCACGCCGAGUUCAGCGCUGAGAUCCUACGCGGCGCGACGUAUCCUAUGGAGCAGCCGAUGGCGCUGGAUCAGUUCGCGGAGUAUUGGUUUGGGACGUUUGCGGUGGUGGCGGUUUUGGAUGAGGAGGAGCUCAGCGGGAGUAGUGAUGAGCUGCGCGAGGGCAGGCAAUGGGAGAAUGUGUGUCUGGGCCGCUGCUCCCAUAUCUGCAACGCAGGCUUCCUCACCACCACCGCAGCGCGCGGCAAGGGCGUCGGGCAAGCCAUGGGCGAGGCGUAUCUAGAAUUCGCGCCGAAGCUGGGCUACAAAUACUCCGUUUUCAACCUCGUCUUCGCCAACAACCCGGCCUCAAUCCGCAUCUGGGAGAAACUCGGCUUCAGCGUGAUUGGGCGCGUGCCCAAGGCGGCGCGGUUAGCGAACAGCGAGGAGCUGGUAGAUGCGUUGAUAUUCGGGCGCGAGCUGGGCAGUUGA